CGCUAAGAAAUCCGGUCCGUUUGUCAUGAACAAAAAAUCAUGUUAAGUGGAACAGUCGAUUACCUCGAUAUCGUGAAAUAGUUCUCAUUUCCAUGAUUUGUCGCAUCGCAAUUUUAGGAAUUAAUUUCCAUAUCUAGGAACACCAUUCACGCCUAUUUACGAACCCACGUUACGCAUUACAAUAUAAGAACCGAAAUCACGGCUUCGUGAUAUAAAAACUUAUUACACGUGAUCUUGUGCGCGUUAACGCGAACGGCGCGAACGUAGUUCAUGGUUGUACCUCGCUGUCACUUUUUGUAACGCUUCCAUUGAGAAAAAAAAGUUAGAAAAAAUUGAACGAUCAGCAAACUGGAGACGGUAAGCAUUUUAAUCGCAUUUUUUCUGGAAAAUCUGUGUUAUAUGUUUUGAAAGUUUUCAAAAUAAACAACUUAUAUUCUAAUGUUUCAUUACAGAUUCGAAAAUGUUCUCGAAACAGGAAAUCCUGGCUGCAUUGCUUCAGUUUCAAUCCGGCGAAAUGCCUGAAGCAACAUCCACUUCGGAACCAGUUCCAGGCUACUCCUGUGGUACAGCCACAGUGAAUGCGAUACAGGAGGCGCCGAUUAUCAUGCAGCAACCGCAAGUAUCGGGAAAAAGUGCCGUCCGGGAAAACAACGGAGUGGACAACCUAGGUAUCCGCUACGUUGUAGUUGACGAACAGGCUAUAACGGAAAAAUCUGCCGAAGGCGAACAAGCAGGGUCUCUGGGAGAAUUUCUCCAAACCGCUGGCCUGGAGAUGUAUACACACACCCUGCCAAAUGAACACGGCAUCACAACUUUGCAGAUGUUUUCUGAAAUGGAAAAGGAGGACGUAAAUUUGUUCUGCCAAGUGAUCAGCCAUCGAAUUCUGUUUCGAAAGCUGUUGGUAGAGCUGAAGGACAAAUCCGAGUUUGAUUUUUCGAUGUUGAGCGACGGAGGACACCAUAAGUUUAGUAACCUCCGUGAUUUCCUCCAAAGCCGGCCGGAAGGGAGAUCAAUUUUGGCGUACUAUGAGGCACACAAAGAUUUGUCCAAUGCUAUGCGCAAUGAGCUGGUUCGCAUCAUACAGCUGGAAGGUUUAAACCUGAAUCUGACCCUGGACAGCAAAUUCCACAAGUUGAUGACCGAAAAGAUUAUCCAACUGUUUCCCGGAGAAAAUCAGGUAUGAUUUUUUGUCUUAACUAUAUUCUAUUGCAUACUAGAGUGGUUCAAAAACAUGUUUUUGCUCCA